AUGACAAUCGUGAAGGAACGCCCUCAGACCAUUAUUGCACAAACGCGAGAAGAAAUGUGUCAGAAUAUCAAGGAGUAUCUAGUAGAAACACUUGCUCAUCUCAUAAAAUAUAAUGGACUUAUUUCCAUAGGUGUUUCUGGUGGAUCCAUGCCGAAGUUAUUUUGUGACGUUUUGAAGUCUAUUGAGAACCUCGAAUGGAAGAGAAUCCGAUUGUUCAUGGUGGACGAACGCAUAGUUCCAACUACGGAUCCAGACAGCAAUUAUGGUCAAUAUCUGGCUAAUCUCCCACCUGAAUGUCACCAGUUCAUUGUACCCAUUGAAAUUUCAGAAACUGCAUCGAAAACUGCAUUGCAAUACGAGGCAACACUUCGCUCGGCGUUGUGCCCAGAACAAAUAGGACGUUUACCGAGAUUCGAUAUUCUUUUUCUUGGCAUGGGCCCUGAUGGUCAUACGUGCAGCCUUUUUCCUAAUCACAGACUGCUCCAAAAGGUAUCUCUUCUUGCUAGUGAUGCGUUCUCAACUAUCGUAUCGUUUGGUGGAACAAUUUUACUGAGGAACCUAUGA